AUGAAAAUGGAAGACGCGCUCUUGGAGGGUGUACUCCGCUUCGAGGUCACUGUACUACCAUCUGGUCCAUUCGAUCCUGAGGGUAUGAAAGUUACUCAAUUUCCAGUCGUACACAACAACGAUGACUUCUUACCCUGGAAUAUCCAUCGCCUCGACCUGGCGCUCAUGCCUGUGCUCGAUCUCACAGACUUGCCAUUUGUCAACAGAUGGCUCACCACGAAUGUCGGCUCGAUGUUCUCCACCCGCGAUCAUGCUCUCUCAAAGAAGAUUAACAAAGGCUCUGUGGAUUGCAUUGAAUUAGAUGGCUUAACAGAGGUCAAGGGUGUCAUACGUCGGAUGUUCUUUUGCUCUGCGGGCAUCCAAAGCCCCUCGACACGAGUGUUCGCCCUGGAAGACGGGUUCAAACGAACGUUUCAUACAGUAUUCUUCGUCAACGAUAUUCGCUUCGAUUUGGCUUCUCACACUAUGGUCUGCGUCGCAUACGUAAUGACCAUCUCUCCGGCGCUCGCCGGCCUGCCGGGAAUGAAGAGACUCUGCGACAAGAUCAGACAUGACAAGAGUGUAGACAGCACCCCAUCAUCGGACACUGCUGUGUGGGCUUGGAAGCGCCUCCUCCCAGCACUCGCUGAGAGGUGCCGUUUGUGGCGACACGGAGUGAACUGCGAGUACAAGCGCAAGGGCAGGACCCCACUAUCGGAAGAGGCGUUCACAGAUCCGCUGUGUUCCUGCGGCAGAGGAAGGGACGUCCAGGGCAUGGAACAAUUUCCCGAGUGGAAGAGGUUCGCUCCGUACGUCACCAGGAUCGCCGUGUCGCCACUGUUCACGGUGUCGUAUCUGGAGACUGUCGGUCCCGACAUUACUUCCCAUAGAUGCUGGUUGUGUGGUAAACGAGGGCAACCGAAGCUGAAGGCAUGCGGGAGAUGCAAGAAAGUCCGGUACUGCUCGGAGAUAUGUCAGAAGAAGGACUGGAAAAUUUCCCACAAAUUCCAGUGCCAGGAGGUCUAG